AUGGCGGCGGUGACUGUGGACGAAAUUUUAAGUCAAAUAGGAGGAUAUGGCAAGUACCAAAUCCUCAUGUUGCAGUUGGUUGGUUUCAUUGAGUUUGGUUUAUCUUCUUUCAAUGUUAUGAUCAUUACAUUUAUCGCUGGAGAACCAACUUGGGAAUGUGUUUCAAAUAGCACUGUGUGUAAUAUAACCGGAAAGGUCGAUACCACCAGUGAUGAUUACAAUGCAAGAUGUGAUAUGCCAAGAUCAGAAUGGAAAUUCUCUGAUACCUUCACCUCUACUGUUACCGAGGUUUGUAGACUAUGUUAUACAGUUGGGCGGAUAAUAAUGGCAAUGGCAUGCAAAUAUGCAUUUCUUGUUUCAUUCAACACUGUUUAUAUCCUCAGUUCUGAGUUAUUUCCAACUUCAGUGCGCUCGAUUGGAUUGGGAACAUCGUCAGCUUGUGCUAGGAUUGGUUCAUUUUUAGCACUUUAUGUUGUUUGGCUGAUUCGCAUCCAUGCUUUGUUGCCUUACACAAUCGUUGUUGUAUUGUGUGUUAUCAUUGGAUUGAUAUGCUUCAGGUUUUUGCCAGAAACUCUAAACAAACCAACACCUGAAAGCAUGGAAGCUGUCCUUGAGAUGAAACCGGUGGAAGCUGCCAAACAGGAAAUAUCAUUAGAGACGAAAAAGAACGCAGUAUAGAGUAACUUAACGUAAGGCGGUUGAAGUUAAAGUUUGCUUUUUCCAGUGUUCAUCUGAUAUAUGCAUUUUUACCACCAGCUUUCUCUACAGGGUGAGUCAAAAAAAAG